CUCACGGAUCCGACUUCUCAUUCCACCGCCACCACCGAGCCACGUGGGAGACACAAUUUUGACUUCGAUUCUAACUUAGCGGCCGAAACGACUUUCAGGAAUGUCAGGGCGGGCCGUCUGCCGCGCCCAACGCUGCGCUAUUGCUGCCCGCUCUUCUCAGACCUCAAUUUGUGAUGCCCUGCGCACCCGCUUCGGGCACGGCGACACGGCAACGAGCUCUCGGUAGUGAACUUGACCGCCGGAAGCGUCAGGAUCGGAGCUCAAUGUCGGCUUUAGCGGCGAGCGCCCAGUCACGCGAACUCUGCGGGUCAUGGCAAGCAAUGCCAGCAGUCCUGCUGUGCCGAAGAGCGUGCAAUCUGUGACACGAAGACACGGCGCUCAUGACUCGGGCCUGGACCAUGGCGAUGGAGAGCACAAUGACUAUGCGGCCGCCGAGAAGCGAAUCACGGAGCUGUCUCAAGAGAAUGCCCUGCUGGCGGAGAAGGCUACCGCUGCAUCAUUACGCUUCAUCGACUACGAGAAUGAGUUGCGGGUCUUGAGAGAGGCCCUGCGGCAACAGCAACAGCAGAACCAGAAACAGCCGCACCAGCGUCCGACCUCCGCUUCCUCGAGCAAGUCCGAUGAGCAAAUACACAGUGCGCCCGCAGCGGCGCCAACGGACAGAAUUGGUCUGUCACGAUUCGGCAGCUUCAUGCGCAAGGCAUCCGUUCCUUCUUCCAAUGCCAGUGAUACCACUCACGAGCAGCGCAACCACGAGCUCGAAGCCUCCCUGAUCAGAGAGCAGACUGCACGCAUUGCAGCCGAGACCAAAGUCAAGGAAAUGAGCGCGGAGAUAGAGGAACUGAGUGCCAGUCUGUUCCAGCAGGCCAACGACAUGGUGGCUGCGGAGCGCAAAGAGAAGGCUCGGCUUCAGGAAAGAAUUGACAGUCUCGAGCAGACGAAUCAGAAAGCUGAUGGCGCUCUGAAGCAGGAGAACCAAAAGCUGCGCAACAAAGUGGAGGCGCUUGAGCAGCGCGAGACGGAGCGUAAGCGGAGACUGGAAAAGCUGGAGAAAGCACAGCAACGGAUCGACCGCGUACGCUUCAUGCUCAACCCAAGAUGAAGGAGCGAGGAAUGGAUAUGGGUAUACAAGUGCGAGUGGUGCCUCGCGAACACGGAGCCAGCAACGCUCAGCCCACGAGACCACGAGGGUGGAGCCUCCGCUCGCUGAACAAGUGCUAUCUCGUUCGGGAAAUCGCAGGCGGCAUGUUAUGGCCACAAGCACAGCAAGCGAUGAGACUAUGCCGUUCGGCAUACCGGCCAAGGGGCGAGAGCCGGCCGAACACACGCUCGAAUGACGCCUGAAUCAUUGCUCACCUGGAUAGAGGGCAUGUGGCUUACUGGCUGGUUUGUGCGGCCCAGUCUUCAUCAAAGCUGGCGAGUUCGUGCCAAGCGUAGCGCUCUGGACGGGAACAGGCACUGCACACACGCACAAAACGCGUCACCGUGACUCUGGAGAGAUAUGCACACUGCCACGGAUGCAUGCGCCCUGCACGCGUAGUU